GAUGACAAUAUGAGCACGAAUGAAGUGUUGCGAGCGGUUCGCACGGGACAGCUCGCUACCGUCAAACGCCUCCUCGCAACGGGUCAACUCGGCCGCAAUAUACGGGACCCGUACGGGGCGACAUGCCUGCAUCUUGCUGCUCGCUCGGGGAAUUUAGACCUUGUGAAAUUCUUUGUGGAAGAUGCGGGUCAUUCUACAAUUGCUACGGCUCAGAAUGGAGCUUUACCGAGCCAUGACGCGGCUGCUGCAGGCCACCAGAAAUGCCUGGAAUAUCUGCUCCAAUGGGGCUGUCCGGAGAACGCUAGAGACUAUAAUGGGGCAACAGUUUUACAUCUUAGUGCAAGAUUUGGACAUCUUAAUCAUCUGCAAUACCUUGUAGAGGAGAGAGCUUUAGAUCUUAGAGACAAGGACAGAAGAGGUGUUAGCGUCUUACAUUAUGCCGCAGCUAAAGGAGACUUAUCAUGUCUGCUAUAUCUCAUCAAUGCAUUGCCAGACAUGGCAAAUGAGCGAACUGAGAACGGUGCAACACCAGCUUACUUCGCAGCCCAGAAUGGCAACUUAGCGAGCCUUCAACAUCUUGUGAAGAAAGCGGGGGCCAACGUGCACCUGCGGGCAAAUGAUGGGAUGCAACCUGUACAUGCCGCAGCACAGACCGGCCAACUACACUGUGUCAUAUGGCUGAUCCAAGAGCAAGGCGUGUUACCAAUGGAGAGAGAUAACGAUGGUGCUACUCCUCUUCACUUUGCUGCUAGCCGUGGUCAGUCAAAUGUAGUCCGAUGGCUGCUUGGGAACGGAGCAACCUGUGAUAAAGAUCACCUUGGAGGUACUCCAUUACAUGACGCUGCUGAGCAUGGUCAAUUAGAGUGCGCCAAGAUCAUAGUUGAGCAUGGUUGUGAUGUAAACAAAGAAGAUAAAGAUUUUCUUGUUGCAUCCGAUCUAGCCAAAAAGUGCGGUCAUCUACAAGUUUCAAAAUAUCUUCGAAGUAUCGAGAAAAGGAGUGGAAAGGUCAAGGGCAAAGGACGCAGUUGUCACAACAUCCCUUCUGAUCAUGAGGCUGGAGUGUACGUCAAACACAGCUCCCCAACCUCCUCCUCUUUAUCGUCCUCCAUCCUGUCUGACCACGAGAGCUCAUCCUCCAUGGGAACCAUCGGUGAGGAACUCAUCGAACGUCUUGGUUGCUAUGAAGUCACCGAGUCACCGGAGCCUACACCUGAUCCAGAGUACGUCCAGCUUUUUGAUAAACUUUCUGAAAUUGACCCUUCACGGCAAGGAUUUGUCAAAAUCACUCCGAAGAAAAAAAAAAAGUCUCCUCAGAAAUUUAAUGACGCAAAAGACGUUUGCACUCAAGGAACUCAAACAGAUGAUGGAAGGGAGAACAAUGUUCCUCAAGAAAAAAAAUUGGUAACCACCCCACCUGCCAUUUCGCCAAAGAAGAGUCUCCGGAGACAGACCGCGAGAGAAGAGUCUGUCAUAUCAUAUCCGAAGAAUGCUUGGACAUCACAAAGUCCUGAUGAAACGGUUACAUCUCCGACAAAGCUCUCACCUGACAAGAAAGAGCUACGAUUCAGCACGACGGUGAUGGUGGAAGAAAUCGCACGGAGAGAGGAUAAUCAGAUGAGCCCAAAGAAACGAUCGGUGCAAAUGAUUCCGCUUAAUUCAUCUCUGGAAGCAGUCAUCAAAUCACCGCUGCUUCGAAGACAAGCACACAUACUGUCCUCACCACCACCUCUCACCAACUCACCACCUCCUGAUUUGAGAGCGAUAACUCCCAACAGGCCCACGAAGAUUGUGAUACCAACGGCUUUAGCAGCAUCACCCUUUGGACUUUCAAAUGGAACUGAUCACAAUCGCAAACCACGCGAUGUGUCGUCACGUUUGUCUUUCAUCACCUCUAGUAUAGUCACUCCAUCCCCCACUCCUCCACCUCCACCAGCUCUCCCUAAUGGCUUUAACCACCGCAGUCCGACCAGCAGUGUAUCACCACGUUUGUCACCACAUCUGUCACCUCAUGUGGCAGGUCCACCGUCACCCAGUGAUCUGGCUGGUGUGGUUCUGAAGCCCACCAGCUCAAACAGCUCCCCGAGACCAUCAAGUUCUCCUAGCAGGGGAAAUCAUGCUGAUUUAAUCGCGGAGAUAAAGGCUGGGACCUCGCUCCGACAAACACGAAUUAAUCAGUCUGGAUUCAUUCGGGUGAAUAAGGACACUACACCAAGAAACCUGAGUGCUGUCUUGGAUAAAGGACCCAAGGUGUACUAUGCUGCAGACUUCUUAGCUAAGAUACCAAUGGUGAGUGAAGGUGGGAUUGAGCUACCGGACUGGAAGAGACGAUUCCUGGCUAAGAAGGAAGCUGAUAAAGCUAAUCUACAAGCAGCUACUGACUACAAAAUAGAGAAGCAGCGAGAAGCUGAUGAAAUGAAAUACCGAGACAUGCCUCCUUGGAAAGUAGAGUUACUGAAGAAGAAAGAAGCAACAAAUAAUCGUGACAGCUCUUGACAAAUUCCAGUCUUGUCUACUGAAGGUAUCUAACAGUCUUGACACUCAACCUAACACAAACUUCUUAACUCCAAUGAUUUAUACCGGUAAUGGCAGAUCAACAUAACAAGCAUCUUGCACCGAGACAACAAUCGUUUGGGAACUUUUGAGACCAUAACGGGCGUCCGACUGACAGGUCCUUUUCCCUUUUCCAUUGAUCUCAGCAACGAGAACGAUGAAUCAGUCAUACAUCUUGGAGGGCAAACCGUAUGCGCGUCUUAACGCGUACAUCAAUGAAGCACACAGCG